AUGGCCUAUGCCAAUGAACUUUUGAACGCUGAGACUACACCCGCCGAACGAGCUCUAAUCAAGGCGAUCCAGUCCCGUUUUCCAGACCGACAUCCGGCUUCGCACUUUGCUAUCGUGGACCAAUCCUAUGCCUGCGCGAUGGAGGAGGUAUAUCGAGAGCUCGGCGCCCAUGACAUGGAUGUUGCCACUUUGAUCACCCGUUCACAAGGUCCGGCGAGUGUUCGACAUCGCGCUGCAGCAGCCCGCCGCGGACACCCAUCCGGGCAUCUUGCAUCUGUGGAUUCACUUCAUGUAAAUGUCCUGCACUCCUACCGUUGCUCUGCCGUCGCCGCCGACGAGAAAUAUCUAGCAAAGAAGGGCGGGAAGAAUUUCUACUCCUUCUACCGACUGCACAACUACCAUUCACUUAUCUACACCGGCAUGCUUGCAGGACAGCUGAAGGUCGUUCGACGAGCAUUGGAUCAAAUGGAGAUCUCGAUUACUGAUGAUCUUCUGCGCGUCGAGUCCCCGCCCCUGGCGGAUUGGAUGGAGUUCUUCAAGGCUGUCCGUGUUCACGCAUACAUUCGAUUGGGUCUGUGGGAGGAGGUCAUCGCUUUACCGUUACCGGCAGACCAAGUCCUCUACUGUGUGACCACCACCAUGAUUCACUACGGCAAGGGCAUUGCCUGGGCAGCCAUGGGCAAGGUCGAGGAGGCAGAUCGCGAGCGAACGCUGUAUCAUACGGCCGCCAAGACCGUCCCACCUUCCCGCAAAGAUUUUCCCAAUCUCAUCCAUGAUGUGUUUAAGGUGGCAACGGCCAUGUUAGAGGGUGAGAUUGAAUACAGACGCGGAGACUACACUCGCGCGUUUCAGAGCCUGCGCGAGGCCAUUCAUUGGGAUGACAACCUACGAUAUACCGAGCCGUGGGGAUGGAUGGUUCCUUCCCGUCAUGCCUACGCAGCCCUAAUGUUGGAACAGGGAAAUGUGGAGGAAGCUGCGCUGAGGACCUUGGAUUAG